ACUAGUAGAAAAACGAAUCGAGAAAAAAAUCGGAAUACUGUCAUACUGCGGAGAAGGAACGAAAUCGAUUCGGAAAAUUCAUCCGCACGCUUGGAAAGUAGAAAGUAAAAAAGCUGUGCUGUGCAUUAAAAUAUUAAUUUGCAGCACCCGACGACCAGGUAUCGCGUUUAUCCGCCGCCGUCGUCGCCCAACCGCGAUAUAAAGAUACUUGUAUUUCCGACGCAGCCGCCGCCGCCGCGUUGAAAGCCGGAUUUUCCGGGAACCCCAACCCUCCCAGAGUGCUAGAAACGAUAUAACCGUGGACGACCACGCUGCGGAACCCGCUGCCGCCAUGCCCGGAGCCGGCACGUUCAAGUUGUUCAUCGGGAAUCUUGACGAGAAGACGCAGGCCACCGAGUUGCGGGCGCUCUUCGAGAAGUACGGUACCGUCGUCGAGUGCGACGUGGUAAAGAACUAUGGCUUCGUUCACAUGGAGACGGAGCAGCAGGGUCGCGAUGCCAUACAGAAUCUGAACGGUUAUACGUUGAACGAGUUCGCCAUCAAGGUGGAGGCGGCCAAGAGCCGGCGGGCACCCAACACUCCGACCACGAAAAUCUUCGUUGGAAAUCUGACGGAUAAGACGCGGGCGCCGGAGGUGCGCGAAUUGUUUCAAAAAUACGGCACCGUCGUCGAAUGCGACAUUGUGCGCAACUAUGGCUUCGUUCAUCUCGACUGUGUCGGUGAUGUGCAGGACGCCAUCAAGGAGCUGAAUGGUCGCGUCGUCGACGGCCAGCCGCUCAAGGUCCAAGUGUCGACCAGUCGGGUGCGGCCCAAGCCGGGCAUGGGCGAUCCGGAGCAGUGCUAUCGGUGCGGAAGAUCCGGGCAUUGGUCGAAAGAGUGUCCGCGACUGUACGGCAGCGCCGGAGGCGGACGCGAGCCGCCCUCACCGCUCAGCGCCGGCGGCUACAGAGAUCGCAUGUACGGUCGUGACCCGUAUCCGCCGCCACCACCGCCGCCGCCGUUCCUGCGUGACCGCAUCAUGGAUGGCUUUAGGGACUAUGACUACUAUGACCGCCGCUUCGAAGAUUCACGCGAUCUGUACGAGCGUCGCUACCAGACCUCGCGGAUGCGGGACUUCCCGCCGCCGCCGAUCUCGAGGCGCGAGCCCAUGCCCUUGCCGCCCCCGCUGAGCGGCAGUCUGCGCUCCUGUAGCGUUUCGCGUGGAUACGACACUAUGUUCAGCCGUCGCUCACCGCCUCCGCCGCGUAGCAGCAACGGAAUGAGUCGCUACGGCUCCCCCACUCCUCACGGCUACGAGGACUUUAGUCGCGACGCCUUUGAUGAGCGAAUGAUUUCGUCGCGCGGCAUGCGUGGUCCAUCGCCUCCUGGUCGCCGAUAUGCGCCCUACUGAGAUGAGUUUUACUAUAACGGCAGCAGCUGAGUGGCGGUUGCACUGCCCAUGCACUUGCCCAUGUCCCUUCCCAUGGCUCAUACUCUAUACCACACACUUGGCGACCAAAGGGCGGCGGCUGGGGAUUGCUGGCUGCUCUGUUGGUCGCCAGCGGCCUACUACCAUCAACUACACCAACAGCGCAUGCUGAUGCCGCCGACAUUUUCACAGAUGUGGCUGCCACCCUGGUAGUCCAUACAUAUUUUACUAAGCCUAAACUAACCAUAAUACGUAUUCUACUCAAACAAGAAGAUGGAAACUUUUGUCGAAUCAUCCCGACCCUUAUGGAAACCUUGAGUAAAAGACUAGACAACGACGUGCUACACCACACAUCCACAAUGAUUCGAUAUAUCAGUAGACUUCGCGAGUACCAAUAAAAGCAUAAGCAGUCGGAAAUAUGCAAAAAUAA